AUUACACCAUGGAGGUUUCAGGGCAUUUCCGGUUUACAAAAUUUUACACGUUUGACAAGUAGUAGAAGAAUGGUUUUUAGCAUAUUUAAAAUGUUUGAUGAUGUCAUCUUGCAAAGAUGAAGACGAAAGUAGUUUAGAAACUGGCGACCUUGGUCUCGGAUUGGGAUUAAAACCAGGUUCUUUACCAAUCUUAAAUGUGUUGCGUUAUAACGACGUUGGUAGUAAAAAGGAUUUCCCAUCAGUAACAGAUAAACCACUUGUCCCACCAAACCAGAACCAAUAUUCACAGAUUGAAAAGAUCCGUGGUAAAAAUAAAAUUUUAAAAGACAGUGUUAAUAAAGGAUUGGGUGCUAAAACUGAAGGACAGAUUCCCUCGAGUAAUAUGAAUCGCGGGAGGACUCCGAGUGUAGAAGAACAUAAAACAGUGGCAGAAGCAGCCAAUAUAAACCGCGAUGACAUCUUGAAAAAGUUAGCAGAGGCUGAGCAGGAGGUUGAAGAACUGAAGACAGAUCUUGAGGUUUAUGAAAAGAGACUGGAGUCCAAGUACAAAGCUAUUGCUAUAUUAAGAAAACAGAUAUUUUCACGUGAAGAGGGUAUGGAUGCAUGUGAGAGAAAAAGCAGAAAAUAUGAAGAGUCCCUAGAAAAAGAAGUCAACACUCUAAAUUUUGAGUUAGGAAAAAGGGAAACGACUUUUGAAAAUAGCCAACAAAUGUGGGCAGUAAGAUUUGACAGUAUUUGCAGGGAAAAUGUCUCCUUAACAGCUGAGCUGGAUCAGAAAUCCUUGGAACUCAGAGAAGUAAAGGCACAGAAAACAGUGUUGUGCAGAGAGCGAGAUGAGUUGUUGGCCUUGCUAGAUGUCAAGGAGAGAGGGCGCUAUAUGAGGUCACGCAGUGUUUCGGAGGAUGAAGCGUACAGCGAGUACACCUCUACAGAGCUGGCUGUUCUAGGCGCCUGUAAGUGCAGGGUUACCUCCCCUGAGCCCUGUGGUUGUGCACAUGCUGCUGCAGCCCUUAGAAGGGAAUUGUGCAAACUAAAAGAGCAGUAUGAAGCGCAGUUACGAAGACGAGAUGAGGCUUCUCAGACAGUGGACGCUUACAGAGCAGCAUUUGAGGAACAGCUCUUUAAAAACAAACAGUUGAUGUUAAAGCUGGCAGAACUCGCUGUCGCUGGACCAUCGAGAUACGAAAAGGCAAAGGUCAUUCUCAAAAAUCUUAUUCAUCUCCUGAAUGAUGAUGACUACCUUUGUGAGAUAACCAAUCAGAGACAGAACGUCUACAGCAUCAAUGGGAAUUUAAAAUCGGGGCCAAAGUUUGAGCAGGAGAGCCAUUCUGAUCCUGUGAUGAAUGACAGAGACCUGGUUAUGGCACUUACUGAAAUAUUACACCAGAGAAAUGAAGCAUUUGCACACAAGAAGCUUGCAGCUCAAGUUCUGAGUGACCGUGUUAGGGAAUUGGAGAACCAGCUUAGCAAUUAUCAAACGGAGGACCACCAGGAAGCGGCCCACUCCUAACAGUGACCAGAAUUCAGAAACAAUCUCAUCACUUUGACGAGAGAAAAUGAAAAAUAGCAGUAAGGUCAACAUGAAAUCAAGCAUUUUUUAACACUUCUUGCGUUUUUAUAUGUAUUUGCAUUUUGAUUGUCGGUGUACAGAAGCAAGGUUUCUAACCAUUGUACAAUUUUUAUACUAUCUAUAGAUUGAUAAGUACUGUGGUUUUGGAUUGGCUUUUUAUACUGUAUGAAUAUUAUACUGGUUUUGAAUGUGGGUAGCUGUAUUUUGGCAAAAAAUUUGCCUUAAUUCUGCGAUGGCAAAAGAUCCGUCACACAGAUAAAGUUUUAGUUAUCCAUGUACGAUGCUGAAUCAUGAGUGUAAAAAUUAAAAUCUUGAAAAAUAUAUAUAUCUUUAAGAAAUAAUUCAAUUUUUGAAAAUACAUAUUAAAGGACAUGAACUACUAUGCUUUAUGCCAGCAUACCAGUUACUUCAUGAAGGACAUUAGCGUCUCAUGAAAAGUCUGCUGGCGUGAAGCGUUGCUGUUUAUACCCUCAUGCAUUUUCAAAAAUGAAAUUCAUUUUUUAUAUCUAAAUUCUACCAUCAUUUCUGUCGUAAUUCCCAGCUGUUAAAAUAGUCAUACGAUAUUUAUCAAGAUUCAUAUGCACAUUGUUCACAUUCAUGAGGAAAUGGCUAUCAUCUCAAUUGGUAAAGAUUUCGAAGACGAAAACAUUGGAAAUGUAAAUAUAUGUAUAUAUUUCUUAUACAAACCACACAAAAAAACAUAUCUUUUAAGAAAAUUUUGAAAAUGUACCACAUGGUGCAGAUGUGUCGAAGAACUGGGGUGCAGGACCAUGAAUGGCGAUGCUUUCCUUGGUUGUGUACCAAUACAGUCCAGUAGUGUUGUAAGGUUUAUAGAAUUGUAUACUGCUUUCCAUGAAUCAAACUACACUCAUGUUUGCUGGUAAAAUAAGUGGUGUAUACAUUCCUGGUGUCAAAUUUGAUUUUUUUAAAAAAUACUUGGGUGUUGGAAAGGCAUUUUAUUUUUAUAUUGUUUUGUUUUAUUUAUUUAAAUGUGUUAUGUAUAUAUACAGUGUAUAUCAAUAUUUGUAUAUUAUUUUCAUAUAGAUAGUCCCAAACCUUUUGAAAUGCUCAUUCUUCUUUUUUGUGCAAUGUAUAAUGUAGAGGCUUGAAGUAUUGAUGUUGUUUGCCAAUCAAUGAAGAGUCCUAACCUGUCAGAAUCAGCAGUGAAUUCCAUCUGAUGUGUAUGUUUAUAUGUGAUUUACACUUUUUGUAACCAAUAUAUGUCUUCCUUUAUUUUGAUUGGAAUAUUGUAGAGUGCCAUCUGUCCUAGCUUUAGCUCUCAGACAUUCCAUAUUCAUCUUGCCAGUGAGGUAUUUCAUUGCAAAACUAAUUGACAAAUCAGUUUGCUUAGGCUUUUUGGUACCAAGUGAUUGCAAGUAUUCUUGACCAGGUUAUUAUUUUUAUACCCUUAACAAACAAAAGUUGGAGUGUUUUCUAGUAAUUUUCAUCACCAUCCUUUUGUCUGUCAUAUGUUGUUUCUUGGCAAAAUAUUCACAUUAGAGAAGAGUGAAAGUUCUUACUUGACCUUUCCGAAUUGUUUACUAGUACUGAGCCAAGGUCAUUUAGAAAAGAUCAAGGUCAAGUUGAUCCAAAAUUUUCUUUAAGGAUGUUCGCUCCCAAGUAUGAAAAUUAUUUUUUUCAAAUUGCGAAGUAUAAUUUUAAAAUUGGUACAUAUAUGAUGAAUUAAAAAUCUUAGAGAAAAGUUGGAACUAAAUGCUUCUUAAUGAGUUUGAUGAGUUCGACCUUUUUGUAGUUGAAUUGUUUCAAAUACAUGUAUACCCAUGUGAUAAUUCACUGUCGGGGAUUGAAUCUCCAUUUUAAUUGUGAUAUCAGAUAAAUGUAAAAGGAUCUAAUUUAACAAACCUUAUGGUAAAAAUUCAUGAUAUAUCUUUUGAAUCAGCUGUGACCUAUUUUAAAAAUGUUAAUGAAUUUAAUGCAAGAGUUCUAUUUUGCUUUAAGAUAUUUCCAUAUCAAAAAGUUUUUUUGAAACUCGUGUAAAUAACAUUGUAAUUUCCUUUAUUUAGGAGUGGGAAUUUAAGGAGGGUCGUAAUAAAAUUAUCAAGAUAGAAAACUGCAAAUGGAAUGCAAGUGUGAAAUUUUUUCUGAAGCUUAUUUAGACUUUUCAAAAAUAUUUACAUGGUGUUAUUAUCAUCUUCUUCAAAGUAUAAAAACCUUUUUACUUAUCAGGUAAUACUGAAUCACCGAUGUCAGCUCUAAAGGUUUAUAUCUAGUCUGGUGUGUAAAUGAAAGGUUUACGAACGAGGAAAUUGUGCUGAUUUCCAAUUAUUUCUAAAACUGCGAAUGCCACAUUCCCGACAUUAAUAUUGUUAUAUUUAGAACUACAUUCCCUUUUUUAUACAUCCGUUUAGCUAGUGAUCACUGUACUUUUUCUCCUUGCGAACAGUUUUGAUUGGUCUUUUUUUUUUUUCACUGUUGUUUUCUACCAAGCCGUUGGACGGUGAUUAGUCAGCAGAUUAUUGUGAUGUCAUCCUGUCACGCAAUGACACACUGCUUUCAGUUUCAUUUAUAUCACAUUAAAUGCACCAACAUCUCUUUAAAAGGAUUUAAGAUGGUGAGAUUUGUAAAGCUGAUAUUUAUGGUUGCAAAAUAGAAGGAGUAGUUGGAAUAAGUUUAAUGGCAUAGCCAUUUUUAGUAGUAAGGAUAACAAAAGCUUUGUGUUGGGCAAUAAUUAUAAACCUUGAGGGCUAACAUAAUCAUUGUUGCCCUCAGCCCUAGUCAAUAAUGUAGUGCAAUAAAAGUUGUUACCUUGAAAUCUUUAAUUAAAGUGUAAAAAAUCAAUAUGAUUUUAAAAUGAAAUUAUUAAAACCACAAUAAUGUUUUGGAAUCCUUAUGAGCGAACAUUUUAAAUGGUUCAGUCAAGAUCACAGAGAUUCAGGUAAAAAGACUAACAAUGUAGCAUGCAGGAAUUGUUAGGAAUCGUGCAUUUUAUUGCACAUGGGGCAAAGGUCAUUAAAAAGGGUCAAGAUGCGAGUUCUUUUUGGAUUGCUCAUCAAGUUUAUCUGUUAAUUUGUUUGUUUGGUUUUUAAUUAUUGUUUUUAUGGUCCAUGAACAUUACAUUUUCCAUAUACAGUUGGUAUUUAUAAUUUUUCCCCAAAGGUAUUGUCACAAAUUUCAUAUGGAUAUAAGGUGUUGUCAUGCUUUUAUACAUUCUCAUUUACUUGCUUCGUAAGUGCAAUAAUGUUACUUAUUCAUACCAUGAGUACUUGAAAUCCAAUUUGACAAUUUAAUAAUCGUACAUCUUGAGGUUGGUAGGUAUCAAGGAGUGGGAGACGAAAUAUAACCAUGGAUAAUUAAAAUCUUUUUAGGGGUACUUUCCUUGCAGGCUCUGUUUUAGAGUACCUGCAGGUAAGACAAGUUUUCAGUCAACAUAUGAUUAAAGUGGUUAUGGUACAUCCUCUUCCAUAUGAAUUGAUUUUUAUAAGUACAGUACUAAUAUGAGAAAGCUUUGGUGUCAGGGAUUUAGUCUAGUCAUUAAUAGAAUCUCAGAAAUUUAACAAGUUAGUGCAAUUACUACAUACAUGAUCAUUUAUUAUCUAAUUCCAUGUAUUAAGGUAUAGUGGCUGUUGAAUGGCUGCUCAGAGUACAUAAUGCAUUUGAACUCCAGAUUGGAGCAUGAAUUCUCCAGAAUGUACAGAGAAAUUUUUGCAUAAAACGAAAUUUGAUUACAGAAGGACUGUAAUUUUAUUAAUUAGCUACAGAUGCAAAGUUAAAAUCUCAUCUCUAACCUUGAUGUGGAUCUCAAGUUUCCAUAGAUUUGUGGUUCAUGCAUUGCAUUUUAAAUGUUUAUUGGUAUUGUUCAAAAGAUGUUACAAGUUAUAGAAAUAAAACUCUGUGUGUGCUAGA